GAUCAAACAAAAAUUGUUUUGACGUCACGUCCGUAGGAGGCAGUUGUUAGGGAGCUAACGUAGAAGAUUUUAUUGUUAGAUUUUGCUUAAAUAAGAAAUAAGAAAUCAGAUGUCAAGAUGAUCGUCACUGUUAAACCGCUUCAGGGGAAAGAAUGUAACGUUCAGGUUGCGGAAAACGAGAUGGUGUCGACGGUGAAAGAACUGGUGUUUGAGCGCUUGAACAUACCACCUCAUCAGCAGCGACUGCUUUACAAAGGAAAAGCUUUGGCAGACGAAUACAGAUUGAGUGAUUACGCCAUCGGCCCAGAGGCCAAGCUGAAUCUGGUGGUGCGGCCGACCGGAGAGAGGAACAGCCGGGCGAUGGUCAGCAGUAAUUCCACUACCACCACCACCACCAGCAGCAGCAGCAGCAGCAGUGGGAGCACUGGUAGUGGAGUAUGGCAGUUACUCUUCACAGUUUUGGCCAAACAUUUCAGUCCUGCAGAUGCAGCCAAAGUCCAAGAACAGCUCAUUAAGGAUUAUGAACGUUCUCUCAGACAGCUCAGCCUGGAUGAUAUCGAGCGCCUGGCUGGACGUCUGUUGCAUCCUGAGGCCGAGGGAAUGGACAUGUCGUGCAUGGACUGAGACUAGCUGCCGUGUGUGUGUGUGUGUGCGUGCUUGUGUGUGUUUUGAGAGUCGGUGCACACUUUAACAACAGCAACACGAUGACCUGAAGCUUGUAAUGUAUAUGAUGUGGACAUUUAGGAACAACGGGACCAUAAGACCACGUGUGAGCACGAACGACUCGGCUAAAAAUAUCGAACAGAAGAUUCCUUUCCGGUCUUCUGAUCAGCGAUUAAGUGACACGACGUGCACUUUUAUUCGCGACAUAUUUCCUUUGUCGUGCUUUCAGAUGUCCUGCCUUUUACACUCGUGACAGCUAUCAGCAUGCUGCAAUGUUUUUGUUUGUUAAACUCUUCACGUGUGGGUUAAAUUCAAGACAUUUUAACGUCGCCGUGUUCUCCGUUAGGGGACUGCAGGCAUAAACCUACAGUACGGUAGGAGUUGCUUUAUGCAGAAAGCCAAUAUAAUCACAGCACAAAUACAGAUUAAGCCUCGUGCAUGAAAAGAGGUCGUGCUGCAUUCGAGUACUGUUUUUAAAUCGCACUCGCCAACUUCCUGUGAAUAUUUCCUCUUUCGGGGGAAUCGCUGUCAUAUUUUUAGGAAAAUUGUUCCAGUACUUUAUCAGACCAUGUGCAGUUUGUUCAAGCCAUUGGAGCUUUGACAGUUCGAGUCAACACUGUAUUUCGACACACAACUUAACCCAAGAUGUUUUCCAGUAAUAAAAUACUAUGAGCUGCAUUACAGCAACUACUCUGUACCUCACAGUGCAUCAAACUAACUACAGUACGUUACUUAAACUCGGCUACCUAAGAGACGACCAGGUCGCCAUGGAGAUCGGUCAAGAUCGUUUUUACCUCCGAGAUCGGCUUGCAACUCAAGAACGGCCUUUUAAAAACAGUAUUGAACCCCCGUCUGUUCGGCUUUAGCUCGAACGACGAUCAUCAUAAACUUCAUGAUCAUAUUUCAGGUUUUCAGUCUACAUACACUCUGCUGCUUCACGUUAUGUUCGGAUGAACCUAUUUAAGAUAGUAAAGGAGUCAACAUUCAUCACUACUGACCACAAAGUUAGUGUUUGGCCAUGUAUAAGUGAGCAUUCUGACUUUGUAAAUACUGUUUAUUAUUAUUAUUAUUAAAAAUGCUAAUAUUCA